AUGCCGUCCAAUAGCAUUACAUUUUGCGACUCUCAAGACCUUGAUGUGCCGUUACGGAUAAAGGUGAAGUCACUUGAUGGUCGCAAGCCUCUUUUAAAACCCUCUCAGAGGAUUCUAGAACCGUCUUUGUCCCAUCUAUCGUCAAAUGUCAUACCUGUGAGUGAUAUGAUCGUCUCAAUUCAAGUGUUCGACGAGGAAAGUGGCCGCAUCUUGACGAUACCUACGCAUACGCUGUACGUUCCAUUCAGAAAUGCCAGAAAAUGGAAUCAAUGGCUUACUCUACCGAUUAACUUGAAUCAACUGACACUCUCGAGCCGGCUUCGAAUAGUCAUAUGGGAGUUUGAUGGGACAAACAAAGUUCCAUUCUUUGAGCUGGAAACUUCUGUCUUCAACGAGGACAAUUCACUCAAGAGAGGAUUAGAGGCCCUAAAAUUCCAGUACAAUGAACCUGGAAGUGGUGUAAAGAUAAAAGGGGACGAGCUACUGGACUCUUUGAAUAGAUAUUAUUUGGGCGAAGUUCGGAAGAUUGAAUGGCUCGAUGCCAUCACUAUACCUGAUUUAGAGAAACGUGUUGAUAGCAGAAGCUGGCCUACUGGUACAUUUGUCCUGAACAUUGAGUUUCCGGUCUUUGAGCUACCAAUUGUCUUCACGGAGAGGAAGUACCCAUCUGUAUUAGAUAAUAUUCCCACAUUGCAUAACUUUGAACAGAGUAAUGAACCUGGCGAUCAUUUGAAAACUGAGCCACGAAAGAUGAUACCCUUGGGUAGCAGUUCUGAUUCGACUUUGAAGUUUUACGAUCCGGAUCAAUUCAACAGCAACCCCAUUGAAGAGAAGUAUAGAAGGCUGGAAAGGGCUUCCAAACGCUCCAAUUCGGACAAGCAACUGAAACCUGAUAUCAAGAAGAGAGAUUAUCUGAAUAGAAUCAUAAACUACCCUCCUGGAACACAACUAACCGCCCAUGAGAAAGGGUCGAUUUGGAAAUACAGAUAUUACCUCAUAAACAAUAAGAAGGCUUUAACAAAACUACUUCAAAGUACUAAUCUGACCGAAGAAGCUGAAAGGACUGAAGUUCUGGAGUUGAUGGACUCGUGGGCGGAGAUUGACAUAGACGACGCUAUUGAACUUUUGGGAUCUUACUACAAGAAUAUAUCUGUAAGGGCGUAUGCGGUGAACAGACUCAAGAAAGCGUCUGACAAAGAGCUAGAGCUCUAUCUUUUGCAGCUCGUCCAAGCGGUGUGUUUUGAGAGUCUUUCCACCUUCUCAGAUAAGUCUAACAGCGAAUUCACAAUCGUUGAAGUUACACCAUCACAGGCGUUAGCAAACUCUCUUUCUAUGCCAGCACAAUAUCAGAGGCCACAUAACUCUGUUUUCACUUCAGAUGGACAAGCCGCUGAUGAGAGUGCCAUCGUUAUUUCCCCCUUAGCUGAAUUUUUGAUCAGAAGAGCAAUCGUCAAUCCACGUCUAGGCAAUUUCUUUUACUGGUAUCUGAAAUCUGAAUCGGAGGACAAUCCAUACUUGAAUCAAAUAAUUGAUUCCUUUUGGAGCAGGCUUACCAAAAGCAGGCGAAAGGUCCUGCAAGAUCAAAUUAUGCUAGUAGAUAUCCUAAGAGAAGUGUGCGAGGAGAUCAAGAGGUUAAAAGAUACCACCCAGAAGAAAAUGGAACUUUUGGCUCAUUUAUUGACUACACAACUCAGGAGUUUCCUGCGAGGACAUCAUGUAUCUUUGCUUUUGGAUCCAGAUGUCACUGUGGUGGAUAUAAUACCUGAAAUGUCAAAGGUGUUCAAGAGCUCUUUGUCGCCAUUGAAAAUUACCUUCAAAACUGAUAAGCAAGAACUCUUCCCUUUGAUGUUUAAAGUAGGCGACGAUCUCAGACAAGAUCAGUUAAUCGUCCAAAUCAUAAGUUUAAUGAAUGAGCUUUUAAUGAACGAGAACGUCGAUGUAAAGCUGUUGCCAUACAAGAUUUUAGCAACUGGGCCUCGUGAAGGGGCUAUUCAGUUUAUUCCCAAUGAAACUAUGGCUAACAUUCUGAGUGUUCAUCACGGUAUACUUCCAUUUCUCAGAUCCCACUAUCCCGAUAGCAAAGAGGAACUGGGGGUCAAAAAUUGGGUCAUGGAUAACUUCGUCAAGUCCUGUGCUGGCUAUUGUGUGAUCACCUAUAUAUUGGGAGUCGGUGACAGGCACUUAGAUAAUCUGUUAAUCACCCCGGAUGGCCAUUUCUUUCAUGCUGACUUUGGAUACAUAUUGGGACAGGAUCCCAAGCCCUUUCCUCCACUGAUGAAGCUACCGCCUCAGAUAAUAGAAGCUUUUGGAGGAGCACAAUCUUCUAACUAUAAUAAGUUUCGGAGUUACUGUUUUGUAGUAUACUCCAUUCUAAGACGAAACGCUGGUUUAAUCCUAAACCUCUUCGACUUAAUGAAAACUUCUAGCAUUCCUGAUAUACGCAUAGAUCCGGACGGCGCAGUAUUGAAGGUUAAAGAAAGGUUUAAUCUCGAUAUGUCAGAAGAAGAAGCAACCGUUCAUUUCCAAAACUUGAUCAACGACAGUGUCAGUGCCUUGUUACCGAUUGUCAUUGAUCAUUUACAUAAUCUAGCGCAGUACUGGCGUGCUUAG